AUGCGUCGCCUGCUCGCUGCGCCUCGCUGGCAGCGAUUAGCGGCGCUGCCUGCGCUGCCGCACGGCAUCACGCUGACCGGCGAUCUGGGCGAGGUGGACGCGACGCCGGCCACGUCGUUCGCGGCGCUGCGACGCACCGUCGGCGGCGUCGACCAGCCGCUCCCCACCGCCGUCGCCCACUUCUUGCACAAGCGCGGGUUUGACGCGCCGAGCCCGAUCCAGGCGCAGUCGCUGCCGCUGACGCUGGCGGGGCGCGACGUGGCGCAGCAGAUCCACGAGGAGGCGAGGCCCCUCGCCGCCGCCUUUGGCUGCCGCACCACCUGCGUCUUCGGGGGCAUGCGAAAGUACCUGCAGGAGCGGGAGGUGCUGAUGCUCGGAGGAGAGCUGGGCCGGGUCGCGGGGGACGGCUAA